ACUCCAGCUGAAUGCUGUUCAAACUGAACAUGGCUCGCUGUGAAAAAUGAGGCCUCGAUUGGGCUGGCCAGCCGCCCAGCACGAGUCGUGUGGCCCGGGUAGCUCAGUGGGGUGUAAGGUCAACUCGACCGUUUGCCAACUCGACUCUCGACCAACUCGACCGUGCAAACGGUGCAACAGCCUGACAGGGACCGGGCCUUGAAGGAACGUAUUUUUCCUAGUUGUGGAUCGCUCGUAUAAUUCGUUUUACAGUGCGUGAUGUGAUCUGUGCAUGUGCACAGUGUGGUGACAUAUUUCGGGGGCUCAUGAGUACGUGCUUCUCAAAUUGGGGAGGGAAUUUUUUAAAGUAUCUCAUUGGCACAAGUUCAUUUAUUGAUUGCAUUUCAGUUGAUUUUGUGGGUUCAUUGAGUUGGUAAAUGGUCGAGUUGACUCAACUUUGAGUUGGUUGAUGGUCGAGUUGGUCAGGAAUCGAGUUGACUCGAGUCGAGUUGGCAAACGGUCAAGUUGACCUACAACUGCCUAGUGAGACUUCAUGAUGCGGAAGUACAUGAACUGUACUUCCCGAAUGGUUAGGUACUAAUUUAAGGGUGGAUUACCUGUGACUAUGCAUGUACAUGUACGUGCAGCCUUGUGGUGAGGUUAUUACUUAGAUGCCACAGGAGACCAUUCAGCAGUUGGAUGAAGACAACAAGGCAACAGCCGUCAUGUACAACCAUGACAUAGCCAAACUCAUCACCAGGAAGAGCAAAGUGAUGAAAUGCAGAAGGGAAGCUUUCAUGUCAGUGCUUCCAUACAGGAGACUGUCUUCUCACCAUAAUCCUGCUUUUAACAAACUGCCGUCCUCAUUAAGUACCCGCAAGCCGAAAAGUAAGACUAUGAAAGAAAGAUAGGAAUUUCUGUACAUUGCGGGACACUGGGACGUGCCAUCUGCACUAAGAAACAGAAGCUGCUGCUUUCUGUUCAGACUCAUCUCCCACACAGAUCAACGACACUUGAUUUUGAAUUGGAUCCAGAGAUAUCCAUCUCAUCAUUGAAAGAGUUGAUACACAGGAUGAUUGGUGUCCCACCUCAACACCAGCAUCUUUACACCCAAGCAAACUUUCAGCUCUUCGAUUUGCUUCAUGAAAAUGGCAUUGACAAAAACAAAAUCAUCUCAUUGUCAACUGAUGAACCGACUCAAGAUGGACCAAAAGCAACCUGCCAAUUUGGAGAUGAAGCAGAAAGACCCCUGCCAGAGACACAUUACAAAACAAGAUCAGAGACGGAACAAAAUGAAGCUACAUUACGUGAGGAACAGAACCCGGGAAAUAGACAAACUCCUGAUAAAGACAAACCAGAGGUUUUGAGAUGUGGGAAACAGAAGUUGCAGGUCUUCGUCCGUAAUCCCCUCCUUCAUGGACCGAAGACACUCUGUUUUCAUCUGCAUUCAGAGACAUUGGUCUCAACCUUGAAAGAGUCUGUAUACAGGAAAAUCGGUAUCCAGCCCCAACAUCAGCUUCUACACAUUAAGAGAAAUGUUCUUAACUUUCAGCUCCAUGACUUGCUUACACUUAAUGAAUGUGGCAUUCAGCAAGAUGAAAACAUCUCACUGUGUCUGCCUGCACGUGGCCUGCUUGGAGGUGGACGAAAAGAUCCAAAGGAUCUAGCAAUGCAACAUACUGACAAACCGAAAAAUGAUGGCAUUGCUGAUACAGCAGCUGAAUCUCAGCAAAGAGGACAACAGAGUUGCAAGUCUGAAGCACAAGACUCUCCAGUAAAAAUGAUGGAGACAUCUCAGGGAGUUAGCUCAUCACAGCAGAAAGAAAGGACACAAGGACAGGAUUCUCAGCAAGGAUCAAUUGAGACAGCUCGUUCUAGACAGGGGGAGAUUGGCCAUCUAAAGGAGCCUCAGUCACAGGAAGAGCAGAUAGAAGAGGUCACAGACAUAAGCAUUCCACUCCCUUCAGCAGCAUCAGCCAAGCAUUGGGGACAGUCUGGUGAUUUGACAGAGAGCAGUGAUCAACACAGACCCCUGACAGAAAAACAGCAACAGUUUGAUGAGGUCACAGACUUAAAAUAUAAAGAAAGAACGUUAAUGCCAGCAGUACCACAGUUAUGGCCAAAUGAUCGGCAAUUGAUUAGGACUAAAGUACAAAGCCCUCAGUUGUGCCAAGGUAGUGAUCCAGACAGUCAUCAAAAACAUGCCACAGUUUCACACAAACUGCUGCAGAAACCAGGACAGGAGCAGAUUGAAGAUGUGUUAAAAAGUAAACCAGAAGAGAGGGGAGAUAUGAGAAUACCUCAACAUUACCAAACUGAACAUACAUGUAUGAGACACGAGGAGCCUGGCGAUCCACAUAGACAGAAGCAGCAGCUAGUAGGCCCCAGAGACGUGAUACCAGCAGUGCAGCCAAGACAGGAGGGGACUACAAAUUCAGAUCCGAGUAGCCAAGCCUUAGCAUCACAGAGAUACACACAUCCACUAUCUGAAAUACAGAAAUGCGUGGCUUGGCAACAAGUUUCAGGGGACCUUGCUGUCGGAGGUAGCAACAAUCCUACAUUUCUUGGUCCUGUUCAUAACCCAACUAUUCAGUUCACUCAGCAUGUGACUCUGCCAAGACCGAGCUCAGAGUUUCCACAGCUACCAAUAACAACUGACUUAGCGAGGAGCAGGUUGAAGAAUGAUGCCAUGACCCAGCUUUUGUGGAAAGCACUGACAAGUGCAACUAGAAAACACGGAGAGGAUUAUGUAAUGAAUGUGUUCUUUGCUUUCAUGGAAUCAUUAGACGGACAGGUUGAACAAGUCAAAUCUGGGUCUAUCACAUUUGUUGUUCGCAUCUUGAGUCGCGUUGGAUUGGAAAAACUGUGGGACAUGUACACCACUGGAGAACUCUCAAAGAAAUUGUCAGAGAUUUUCAUCACUGAUGAACUGACAAAAGAGGAUAAGUCUGACCUGUCCAUCCUGGUGACUAUACUGGAAAGUGACUACGAACAGGCCUGCCGAUUCUUUGAAGAGUUGGAGAGUGCAGGACAUGAAGGUGAUGACAAGGACACAAGAACAAAGACAGAGGUGCAGAAAAAUCAACUUGGCGGAGUUCAAAGCAGCUUAGUAAUGAGAGCUGACAGCAGUGAUCCAGCCGAAGGUGCUGCUGAUAGGUGUGAAGUGGCAUUAAAGACACUAUACAUGAGCACAGGUACCUUUGCAAAAGUGAUGAAAUGGGUAUCUGGUGAAUCCCAGAAGAUCCAAAUGCCGAAGCCCCUGUUAGAAAAGGAUGGAGAAAGGUUACUUCACUUUGAAGAUAUGUUUGUAAUGACAACGCAGGAUGGCAAUCCUAUUGAAACAGCUAUUCUUACUGGUGAAGAAGGUGCAGAAAUGACCUUCCUUUUGGAAAACAUCGCAUAUGAAUGGGCGGCUGGUCGUAGUCCUGUGCUCUGGAAGUUUAAACUUGUUGCUUUUCUGGAGAUGGGAGCCUUUCAGCCAGAGUCAGACCUAAAUGUAGUUGAUACAAUUUAUGAACAGCUGUUGGGCAAAGACACAGAUGUUGACAGGGGUGACUUGGUUUCGUUUGUUGACACCAACCCUCACAAGGUGCUUGUCCUUUUGGAUGGUUGUGACAGGUUCAUGACCAACGACCCUGAUGAGAGCUUUGAUGAGACCGUAAUUGAGUCUAUUAUUCUCAAAAUUCUCCGUUGGACCACAGCUAGGGGAAUACACUUGUUAAUGACCUUUUUUCAUUCUAACUUUCACAAUCUGAGGCGCAAAUUACUGUUUCGAGAACCGUUCAUCCGUGUAACAGUUGCAGGGGUCUCUGAGGAGGAGAUAGAGAAGUAUGUGAAAGCAUUUUACUCGAAGGAACCUGGCAAGGCCGAGAAUUUCCUUAGGAGGAUCCAGUCUUCAGAGCUUCUGUCUGAUUGGGCUAAGAAUGUGAAGUUGGUACCCUUGCUGUGUUUGAUAUUGAAAAACUCAGGACUGCCAGAAACAAUGACACGCCUUUAUGAUAAGGCACUCAAAUACAUAUUCACAAGACACUCAGACAUGUCACAAGAUGAAAUAUCCCAAGCAGUGAUUGCCCUUGGUAAGACAGCCCUGUCUGGCCUUGUUUCCCUUGAGCAAAGGUUUUCACUUGGAGAGUUUCCAGAGAAAGAGUUCGAUGAAGGGGUUUUGGAUAAGGCCUUACAAGCUGGUCUCCUUACUCGGCAACCGGCUCUGAGUCUGAGCGGGCAAAAAUCAAAUGUGUGCAGCAUUAAAUUUUGUCACCCUAAAAUUCAAGAUUUUUGCACAGCUAAAUACUGCCAAAGUGUAGCUGACAAAGACAUUGCUGAAUUUCAGAAGAUUCUUGAUCGGAUUUCUGAUCCUGGUGCUUUCGAGUUUCUGUUGUACAUCUGCUGUGGAGACAAUGAGCACUGUGCAAGAUAUAUUGUGAAUAUGCUGCUCAUGAAGGGGUAUACUCCGAUGAAAUUCGUAUUGCAGACGAAGCAGGAAAAAUGGAGAGUGCAUGAAGUGGCCCUUAAUUGCUACUUUGAGAGUCAGUCAGUUGGUUUGUUAUCAGUGGAUUUCAUUGAGUCCUUCAUGACCGAAAAUAUGCUGAUACAGUGCGAAAAGAAUGACUCUCUGAAGUCAUGCAUGUGGUUUUUGGAGCACAUUUCCAAACAUGUCAGCGGUAACGAUUACCUUGCACGGGUACGUUCAGUGACCGUUUUCAAGUGUAACCUGUCAGGGUUCGGUGUUGUCCUUGCUUCCAGUUUGGCUGGGAUGAAACAUCUGCAUUCCCUUCGAUUGUAUUCGUGCACACUGUCAGGUAGCUUCCUGGAGCAAGUUUUGUCAUCAGUUGGAAGGGCGGGUAAUUUGACCAAACUGGGCAUUUGGCAUAGCGUGGGCGUAUCUGAUGAUGUAGAAAAGUGGUCUGCUAGUUUGAAAACCGUGACCCACCUGAAAUCGCUCACUUUGUGUUCUUGUCACAUAGAGGCACAAGAUUUCACACACAUUGGAAGAUCACUGGUUGAGAUGACAGAUUUGGCCCAUCUCGACCUUCCAAACAAUGAGAAAUUAGGAGGCAUUACAGACGUUUGGGCCUUUCGGCUGCACUCUUUGAGAAACCUUGAGGAACUCAAUUUAAGUCGUUGUAAUAUAGACGCCCAGGACUUGCCAAAUGUUGCCAAAUCGGUUGGAGAGCUGGCCAACCUAACUGAUCUGAACCUUUCAUGUAACAUGGGCUUGGGUGGUCACGCGGACACAUGGGCGGCUAGCUUGAAGAGCAUGACUAAUCUAAAGAAGCUGGUAAUGAGUUAUUGUGGCAUCGAGUGUGGAGAUGUGAAAUAUUUAGCUGAAGCCAUUGGUCAGAUGGAAGACCUGAUGCAGUGUCGCUUCUGCGGUAACGAGGUAGAUGUAGUUGUUGAGUCGUCGGUCACCUGUAUACGAGUGAAAAAUAAAAUGUGUUCACUUAGUAGCAAGGACAUGGCAGAAACGUUGGUGUCACUUCGCAGUCGGAAAGAUUUAGUCUCGCUGGUGCUUCAUGGCAUUACUGGUCUGAGUGGUUGCGCGGUUUUGUGGACCCCACCCUUACGAGAACUCACGCACCUUGAGGUGUUGGUUCUCAACGACUGCUCACUGCAAACCACAGACAUUCAACACCUUGGUGUAGCUUUAAGUCAAAUGCGAAGUUUGCAGGAGCUCCGACUGGAUUGUGGAAUGGAAAGUCUCGAUUUCAAACAUUUAGCAGAAGCAGUAGGUCGCGCGCAGAAUCUGAUACGUUGUGAUUUCAGUGGGAGCAAAGCAAAGCUUCGUGUAAUGUCGCAGGACGGCAGCAUACAACUGAACAUCCAGGAGUGUUCAUUAACGGGCGAGGACAUGGCAGACGUUUUGCAGUCAUUAAGCAGUCGGGAAGAUUUAGUUGGUUUGACCUUCGAGGGUAUUCCUGGUCUCUGUGAUUCUGGGGCUUUAUGGACUCCUCUCUUACCAAAACUGACGCGCCUCAAAAAGCUAGAACUGCACGUCUGCUCAUUGCAAAGUACGGAUGUUAAACACCUUGCUGCAGCACUGAGUCAAAUGCCAGCCUUGAAGUACCUCUGCCUGAAAGGAAAUUGGUCUUUGGGGGGUGCUGCAAAAAUAUGGGCACCCAGCCUGAAGGAGAUGAUACAUAUUGUCCGCCUAAAUGUGAGUCGUUGUGGACUGCAACUCGACGAUGUUGAACAUGUUGCUGCAGCACUUGGUCAGAUGCCAAAUAUAAAAGAGCUCGUGUGGAAGAAAAUCAGAGUUCGAGUGCCUGUGCAAAAACGUGGGCCCCUAGUCUGAGGGAAAUUAUGCAACGGUUAACGUUAAUUUUGGUUGAUGUGGAUUUCGGUUCCAGGACGUGAAGCACCUUGCUUUAAGUACGCGUGCUGGGUCAAAAUGCCAAAUUCACACUGUUCAUCUUCAGGAAAGAAAGUUGGAGCAUUUGUAUGUGGAAAUAGUGUCUCGGGGGUAGCAUACCGCUAUACGCGAAUAAGCCUAUAGAUCCUGAUGAGCGGGACCAAGAGAAGGCUCAAUGAUCCUAGCCAAAGGCUCCUUUGGUGGGAAUGCAAUUUGCUGGUUCACAAACGAACAUGAACUGUAUGCGUUACGUGUGCGCCGCUACCAACUCCCCGCCAGACUCUUUUCAACCGAUGGGAGGGUGCUUCUGCUCGAGGUGGGUAGGUGCAGCGCACGUGACCAAAUUUCAUCUCAAUCAACAAUCUUCGAAAGCUUCUGUUUACAUGAGUGACACUCACUCCAGGACAACCACAGUGUAUUUCGACCGUUUCAGUAAUUCUGGACUCCUUGUAGGUGAACACUGUAAUAUUAAGCUGCUUAGAAUUUUUGCCCUGCCCGACGUGUAUUUUAACACUGUAUACUCAGAGUCUGAAAGUGUGUCAGAAGGAGGUAUCAUAAAUAAUGGACGAUUAGAACUAUUAUUAAAUAUCUGUCCCCAGUUUUUCAGGACUUUUAACUAAUAUCGCUUGCCGACAGUAUUACACCACAUUAUUACACUUACCCUAUGCGAUUGCGGCCCAAAGUACCGACUUUUUAUUGUGUAGAUGUUGGUGUUAUGGAGAUGCCUUACUGUCAGUGGUAUGUAUGGCACGAUAUGAUUCUUUGAUGUAAAUGAGACAUUGACAGUGCAUCCAUAUGGUAAUAGUGCUUAAAAAAAAAAAAAAGGACGGUGACGCUACAACUGAAUACAUGCACUUUUCAUUUUUGCGUGUUUUACUUUUCAUAUUCCUUGAAUUUUGUUCUUGUCGGGUACUCACAAUCAUCACAGGGAUUCGUUUACAAAGAAAUAGACAAUUUGAGGACUUGGGCCGUAACUAGAUGUUUAUAGUUCAUAGUUAUUAUUGAAUUUGUAAUUUUCGCAUUGAUUCCUCGUCGACAUCUCAAGUUAUGGCUACCAAAAUAUAAUCAUUUAUGUGCAAAUACAAUGUACAUGUACUUCAAUAUAUAAUAUCUUGAUAUGGCUUGCGUUUUUAUACUUUAUUGGCUUUAUAUUAUAACUGUAAAAAUUAUACUCAGUAUGACCAAUUUUUAAAGUUUUGUACGUGUAUACGACAUAUGCUUUCUGUGCACAAAAACAGAAAAUAUAUUUUUGCUUGGCCUAUGUGCAACUCUUUUACAGCUAGCUGGAAUCAAUUAUGUAUACUUCAGGAAUGUAUUUUUCUAUGUUGUCUCUUUGCGAUUUUCCAGAUUUUUCCCCCUCCGUACAACGAAAUCUGACUUUCUGAUUUUUUUUCUCCGCGUCCAAUUCAACCAAGUUGAAUAUCAUGAUCAGUCUUGUUGAUGUACAGGUAUUAUGUAAAGAUCAGUUAUUUCUGUCUUCAAUCGUGGAGAAACUAAGCAAUGUAUUUUUCUAAAGACACGGAUGACGGGUUAAUAAAAUUUAUUUAUGCACUUAAAAUGCUCGGAUGUGCUUUGAUAUUUCUGUUUGGUUGCAGUGUGUUCUGUUUGCUUCUAAUUGCGAAGACAGGACAUUCAUGCAGAGAAAGUGACACGUGGCUUAAAUUAAUUCCCUUUAAAAAAAUCGGCUUCCAUCUGUUUGUUGAUUCUUCAAACUACAGCUAGUAGGCCUAUAUGUACAUUAGGUGGAUGUCCGGGGGUGGAGUCAACCCUCCUGUUUUGAAAAGAAGAAUGAAAUACCAAUUAUAGUCAUAAUAAAAAGAUAACAUCCAGUA